AGCCUCGCUGCUUGGUUCACACGGACUUUUUGCGGCCUCCUUGGGUUGUUGCCCAAGGUGGAUCCGCCAUGGGAUGUUCAGGGUCCAAGACCAAAGUCCAAAGCUCAACCGCCACUUCCCAGGUCUCUGAAGGAGACACUGCGAACACUGCGAGUCCUCAGAAAGAGAAUACUCCAGCCAGCCCUGGCAAGGCCAAGCCUGCGGCGAAGGAUCAGCUUCAGCCCUUGGGCGAUGUGCAGCUUCAACUCAGUGGCGGUGAUAUUCGCGAAAAAUAUGAAAUCCUCGCCGUUUUGGGGAGUGGUUCGUUUGGAGAAGUACGAGAAGUUAGGGUCAAAGCCUUCCCAGACAAGCUCCGAGCAGUGAAAAUCACUGAACGGCAGGAGAACGAUGGCAGCGAAAAGGCCCAAAAGAAGUCCGACUCCUUGAGCAUGUUCCGCCGGGAAGUGGAUCUCUUGCGCUCCCUGAAACAUCCGAACAUUGUUAGAGUAUGGGACGUCUAUGAAACAGCUCAUUAUUUCUAUGUGGUCAUGGAUCUUUGCAGAGGAGGGGAACUUUUUGACAUGAUCAAUGAGUUGGAUCGACUACCAGAGAACGACACCGCAGUAAUUGCCAAGCAACUACUGGGUGGCAUUGACUACAUGCAUAGCAAAAGCGUCAUGCACCGUGACAUCAAAGCAGAGAACGUCUUAUUGACCGAGUGGUCCGCAACUGCAGUGGUGAAAAUUAUCGACUUUGGCAUUGCGGCCAAGUUCCAGCGUGGCGAGAUGUUUGAUAAGAUCUCCGGAUCUCCUCAAUACAUGGCACCUGAAUUGGUUGGUCAGCGGUAUGAUUAUCGGGUGGACAUGUGGGCAUUUGGAAUCCUCAUGUAUUUCACACUCUAUGGCCGAUAUCCUUUCGAUGGCAAUAACGUGCGAGAGAUCUUGCUCACGGUCCUACAUGGGACCGUAGAUUGGGAGAGCGAUGUGCAGAUCGAUCCCAAGAUCGUCAAUCUUUUGAAGGGAUGCUUGCAGCGGAAGCCGCGAAAGCGAACCACUGCCAAGGCUGCUUUAAGCCAUCCUUGGAUUGUACAGGCUAGAAAACCUGAUGCCGAGAAACAUCGUGAGCCAACCGAAAUUAACAUCACUCCUGAGAUGCUAAAGGAAGGAGGUGGUGGCAAAGGAAAAGAACACCCAGUAACAGCACCAGGAGUCCAACCAGGCGGAGCCAGUUCGAGUGGUGCCAAACGAACCAACCGCUUGCAGGAGUCUGCGCCGUCGGCCAAGGACCUGGAUCCGCAGAUCGUGACAUCAGGCGGAACCUCGCAGGAGCCGCAAUCCUCAGGCAGUGGAGGAGUUGAAUUUAUGUUGGAUCCGAAUCAGGCUUUGGAAUUUCAAGAUAUGUAUUUCGAUUGGAAGCGCCAGACCUCCACAGAUAGUACCGCAUGGUCGGCCUCUCAAAUGGGAGUUUACCCUGGCGGAGCUUUUCAAGAGGAGGAUGAAGAGGAUCCAGACGUGAAACGAAUGAAGGCUGAGCUCGGAGGAGAGAGUGAGGAUGCCCUGUCACCUCAAGCAGUAGGCAUUCCUGUUGUGCCGCCCUUGCGCAUCGGAGAAGGGCGCAACACCAACUCCGGAAAUCUCCAGCAGCUUAGUCGGGUGAUCCCCUCCGCCAUGCCAAUGUCGCCCGCCACCAGCGCCGUACUACCGUCGUGACCAUCGGCCGGCCGUGGCCGUGGCCGGAUCUGGUUGGGGACGGAUAACAUGUGCGGAAGGAGAUC